UCCAUAAGUGAUCAAUCAUCAUCAAGAUUGCAGUUGUCUGCAAAUGUGGAAAUCCAUGUACUGAGAAACACCUCACAUGGCGUUGAAGGUCACGGCCUGCACAGAAGGGGGCACAAUGGGCACGCUUCUUUUCCUUUUCUCUUCGUCAAGCACAAAAGGCUUGCUGGGUCCCCCCACAAAGCCAAACUCCACUCUCUUUCUUACUUUCUGACUCUCUUUCGGUCCCAACCUUGCCUCUUCAUCUCUACUCUCUUUAUUCUUCUUGAAUGUUAUCCAUUGCCCUUUGAUUUUUUUAUUUUUUAUUUUAUAAUUAUUUUUCAAGAGAGGAACUGGGAAUAUUCUGAAUUUCUGAGUUGGGUUCUCUUUCUUGUUUUUCGACGACUCCAUACAAGCUUCGGUUGAGACCCCUAACUGUUGAAUCUUCAAAUCUCACAAGGGAGAGAGAGGCUAUUGCAAGUUCUGAGGGAUGUGUUGUGGGUUUUCAAAUGCAUAAGAGGAGAUGGAAAUUGAUCCAAUAUUUCAGGGAGCGGGAGUUAAGGCUGGUUUAGAAAUCUGGUGCGUUGAGAACUUACGGUUGGUUCCGGUCCCAAAAUCUUCAUAUGGGAAAUUCUUCAGUGGGAGUGCAUAUAUAAUUCUGAAUACAGUCUUGCUCAAAAGCAGCUCUCCUCAACAUGACAUACAUUAUUGGCUGGGAAAUGAUGCAAAAGAGGUGGAUUCAGCACUGGCAUCAGACAAAGCACUUGAAUUAGAUGCAGCCCUAGGGUCCCAAGCAGUGCAAUUUAGGGAAAUUCAAGGUCUGGAAACUGAGAAGUUUUUGUCAUACUUUAAACCUUGUAUCAUACCCAUUGAAGGUGUAUUUUCUUCUGGACCGGGAGAAUUAAAUUGUGAGACAUACCAAAUCAGCCUGUUUACAUGCAAGGGGGAUCAUGUUGUUCAUGUUAAAGAAGUUCCCUUUUCUCGGUCAUCCUUGAACCACAAUGAUGUAUUCAUACUUGAUACAGCAUCAAAAAUUUUCCUCUUUAGCGGAUGUAACUCCAGCAUACAAGAAAGAGCUAAAGCUCUGGAGGUUGUUCAGUAUAUCAAAGAGAAUAAGCAUAAUGGGAAGUGCGAGGUCGCAACUAUAGAGGAUGGAAAAUUUGUUGGUGAUCCUGAUGUUGGGGAAUUCUGGGGCUUAUUUGGUGGUUAUGCUCCUAUUCCUCGAGACAUACCUCCUUCCCUUCAAAAACAACCUGAUAUUCCAAAUGCAAAACUAUUCUGGAUAGCUACCCAAGGAAAACUAUGCCAAACUGUGUGUAACAUGUUGAACAAAGAAAUGCUCGAAUCAAACAAGUGCUACAUGUUGGACUGUGACAAUGAGAUUUUUGUUUGGAUGGGAAGAAAUACCUCAAUUACAGAACGGAAAACUUCAAUCUCAGCUGCAGAAGAUUUCCUCAAAUCUCAGGGCAGGUCAACAAGGAGCCAUUUAACUUCCCUAACCGAAGGAUCAGAAACUGCCAUAUUUAGGUCAUAUUUUGAUGUGUGGCCUCAAUUGGCUGAGCCCAGGCUGUAUGAAGAAGGUCGAGGGAAAGUAGCAGCAAUGUUCAAGCAACAAGGCUAUGACAUGAAGGAGCUUCCUGAAGAAGACUGUGAUUCUCUUAUAGACUGCAGUGGCACUCUAAAAGUCUGGCGUGUAAAUGAUGAUGAGUUGUUCCUUGUCCCUGUUGCCGAACAAACAAAGCUUUUCAGUGGUGACUGCUAUAUUGUGCAAUACAAAUAUCCUGGCAAUGGAAGAGACGAAUAUUUAUUUUAUGCAUGGCUUGGUCGUGGGGCUGUAAUGGAAGACAGAGUUGAUGCUAUCUCCCGUAUAAAUACUAUUGUCGAUUCAAUGAAGGGAGAUUCAGUUGUGGGUCAAGUUAUUGAGGAAAAGGAGCCUAUUGAAUUUUUCUUAAUUUUUCAAACAUUAAUUGUUUUCAAGGGAGGUCUGAGCACACGUUACAAAAGAUUUAUAGCAGAAAAAGGUAUUGCAGACGAAACUUAUGAUGAAAAAAAGACAGCUCUUUUUCGAGUUCAGGGAACGAGUCCAAAUAACAUGCAAGCCAUCCAAGUUGAUCAAGUUUCAAGUUCCCUGAAUUCAUCCUAUUGUUUCAUCUUACAAACCGAAACAUCUAUCUUCACUUGGGUUGGGAACCUCUCCUCAACUAGAGAUCAUGAUCUUCUUGACAGAAUGCUGGAUCUAAUAAAUCCAACAUUGCAACCUAUAUCAGUGAGGGAAGGUAGCGAACCUGAUGUUUUCUGGAAAGCGCUUGGUGGAAAGGCAGAGCAUCCAAGGGAAAGGGAGAUUAAGGCAUAUGUAGAAGACCCACAUUUGUUUACAUGUACCUUUACUGAUGGUGAUCUUAAGGUGAAGGAGAUAUUCAACUUCACACAGGAUGAUUUGACUACAGAAGACAUGUUAAUACUAGAUUGCAACAGAGAAAUUUAUGUUUGGUGUGGCUGCCAUUCAAAUGUUAGAUCAAAGAAACAAGCUCUUGAGAUUGGUCUGAAAUUUCUUGAGAUAGACAUUCUGGUUGAAGGACUUUCCCUGGAGACUCCUAUAUAUGUUGUUACAGAAGGUCAUGAACCAACAUUCUUCACUCGUUUCUUUGAAUGGGAUUCCUCCAAGGCAAAUAUGCAUGGUAGCUCAUUUGAGCGGAGGCUGGCUAUUUUGAAGGGAACAGCACAAAAGAUAGAAGUACCUUUGAGAAAUUCAUGGAAAGCAUGCUCCACAGAGAAUACCCCAGAUAGUUUGAGAAGCAGAUCGGUCAGUUCUAAUGGGCUGCGAAGAAGUGUAUCUUCUGCCUCCAGUGUUUCUGGCUCAAAUUUGAAGUCCUCAGACAACCACCAAAUUUCAAGUGUAUCUCCAAUUGCAAGAUCAUUGUUUUCAGGAUCUUAUCCUGAUCAUGACAGUGCUGAUGGGUCACCAGUACCCCCACGGCCUGCAGCAGUUGUGCCAAGCUCCCCUUCUGAGAAUGUAGGCCUUGAUCAGAUUGAUGGAGUUAAGAUUGAUGUUAACUUGCUAAUCUUCCCAUAUGAGCGUUUAAAAGUCAUGGCUGAUGACCCAGUAACAACAGGCAUAGAUGUGACCAAAAGAGAGGCAUAUUUGUCAGAAGAGGAGUUCCAGCAGAUAUUUGGGAUGACAAAAACAGCCUUCUACAAACUUCCCAAAUGGCGACAGAACAAGCUAAAGAGAGGCGUUCACCUAUUCUAAGGCGUGUGCCCUCCAGAUUAAACCCUUAGAGACUGGGAUAAACAGAUCUUCCUUCUUGAAUGGUAUAAUGGGGCAAUCUCAAACCCAGAUGCAGUCUACUUUUUGAUCCAACUUCUAAGCUUGGCUUGCUCUUUUUGUUGUUGAGCAAAUCCAUGAUGAAGUCUUAAUCUUAAAUUGAGGAACACAUGUUUUUGUUACUGUUCUUAAUGAACCCUUCUUGAUUAUGAAUGAAAGGAACUUGAGUUUGGAGUCAAA